AUGACCAAGGCCGAGCAGAAGAAGGCCGUGCGAUUCACCCGGAUGUGCAGGUUCUGGCGGACGAAUGAAUGCAAGAUGGGGGCGGAUUGCACGUUUGCCCACUCGGCAACGGAGCUACGCCCCAGCCCCAAGCCGUGCUACGACUUCGUGAAGUUUGGUAUGUGCUCGCGAGGGCAGGAGUGCAGGUUUGUGCAUGAGGUCCCGGAGAAGAAGCAGCCAAGACUCACGGAGAUGCAGAUUGCGACCUUCCCGGCAAGCCAGCCAGAACCAGGUCACUCCUGCUUCCUUGCCACCGGCAUGAUGUCAUCAUACGCUCAGGUCACACCCAAGAGUCGCAUGGGCGGGGCAGAUACACAGCCAUUUACCCCAUCAUGCGGGCUCUCGGCUCAUUCGCGCGCGGACACGGGUCUGGCCGUAACACCCCCAGGGUUGGACCAGAUACCCUUGCCCAUGAGCCUCAUCGGUGAGUUCGAUCAUGAGGUGAGCACGCCACCAAACGAAGAAUAUCGCCGCUCCAGCGGAAGUGAAACGGAAUUGGGCAUGGACUACUUUCCUUUCUCCUUCUCCAAGCAUGUGGCUGAAGAUGAGAUGAUGUUUGUCCCGCAGAAAGCGAGCAUGUGGCUAAGUGGAGCACCCCUCCGACUCAGUGACGUGGACGACGUGGACAUGUUCUGGGUGGUGUAG